AUGUCUUCCGAGUUCCUUUUUUCCAGAGCCUGUGGGCUGCUAAAGCAGCAAAAAGGUCUGAAGCACAAUCUCAGGGAAUUGCUCAAGGACGAAGCCAGAAAUGAUCGCAUGUUCAGAGAAUUUAACGGCAUCUGCAUGGACUUCAGCAGACAGCUCAUUGAUCAGCAAGGCCUCGAUGCUCUGUUGGAACUAUCCAGGGAGCGCCGAGUCUUGGAGCAAGCAAAGGCCAUGGCUGCGGGAGAGAAAAUCAACACAACAGAGGGCCGCAGUGUGUUGCACUUCGCUUUGCGAGCACCCAAGGGCCAGACGCUUCGAGUGGGGGGAGAAGAUGUCGUCGCCGAGGUUCACAAAGUCUUGCAUCGCAUCAAGGAGUUUGCAGACAGCAUCAGGAACGGCACUCUUAGGGGCGCGACUGGCAAGCCUCUGAAGAAUGCGAUUUGUGUUGGCAUUGGCGGCAGUUACCUGGGCAGCGAGUUCCUCGUGGAGAGCCUCAAGACAGACGCCUCUGCGGCUAAGCAGUCGGAGGGGCGGACUAUCAGAUUCCUAGCCAACGUUGAUCCCAUCGACGUAUCCCGCGCGACGGCCGGCCUUCGCCCCGAGGAAACUCUGGUGAUCAUCAUCUCAAAGACCUUCACGACUGCAGAAACGAUGCUGAACGCACGGGCGCUGAAGCAGUGGCUGCGGGAGGGAAUCCACGUGGAAGAGGAAGCGCUCGGGAAGCACUUGUGCGCUGUCAGCACCAACUUGAAGCUCAGCUCCGAGUUUGGGAUUGCUGAAGAAAGGGUGUUUGGAUUCUGGGACUGGGUUGGAGGGCGCUUCUCUGUGACUUCUGCUGUCGGCGUUUUGCCACUGGCGAUUCAUUUCGGGUUCGACGUCGUCGAAAGCAUCUUGAAAGGCUGUCAUGACAUGGACAAUCACUUCCUGCAAGCGCCUCCCGAAAAGAACUUGCCCUUGCUGCUCGGGCUUAUCUCCGUGUACAACUCCUCCGUCCCAGCUGAACUGCGUUGCUGUAUUGCCUUACUGCCAGGCCAUGCACCGAUUCGCUGCCCAUAUUCAGCAGCUCACCAUGGAGAGUAA